AUGGCUGUACCUUCCAGUACACUACCAGACCCUGAUGUCAAAUCUGGCUUGAAUUAUUGGGCGAACCAGCCCGCGAACUACGACGGCGUUCUCGGCGGUUUUGGCACUGGUUCUCUACCUCGCAUCGAUGCCCUGACAUCAAGACAGUUACUCCUAUAUCUUUUCCCAGAGCUCUGCACCGUAGCAUCGACUAGCAAGCCCUUGAACAGACCUCAACGUGUUGGUGACGCCGAGCCUCAGCGUCGUCGAACUCGUGCAUUGGACGUCGGGGCAGGGGUUGGCAGAGUGACAGCUGAUGUGCUACUGCACGUCUUCGACGAUGUACUCUUGGUAGAACCUGUCGAUCAGUUCAUCCAAGAGGCAUACCGCCGAGGAAAUGCCUCGGCGGCGCCCUCCGGAGAUCUUGCCGACGCCAAUGAAGCGGAAGGAUAUAGCACGCGAUGGAAAGCGAUCAAAGAGGAAACGAAGAGCGUAACCUUUGUCCGGUCCACACUUCAAUCCUUCGAACCUGGUCGUGCGGAUGCAUCUGCAAUCAUUGGUCGGGUGGGAUACCAACCUGGCCCUCCCAAAUCGGCUGUGGAGGGCGCUUCAUACGAAGACAUCAACUCCGGUUUCGACGUUAUAUGGUGCCAAUGGUGCCUUGGUCAUCUAUCCGACCCAGAGUUGAUCCAAUUUCUCGGGCGUGCCGUUGGCGCGCUGCGUGACCGCAAUCAAGCUGCUGGAGAGAAUCCAAGCUGCAUCGUUGUGAAAGAGAACCUGUGCAGGGACUUCGGCGAGGAUGGCGUGGAAGCGGAGAGCGGGAAAAGGGGCCCCCGAACGGUGUUCGACGAAGAAGACUCAAGUCUGACAAGGUCCGAUUUGGCAUGGAAAGCUGUAUUUUCUGCAGCAGGCCUUACCGUAGUGCGCGAACAACUGCAGCUUGGUUUCCCCGAGGGUCUGUAUGAUGUGAAGAUAUACGUACUACGACCGCGAAAGUAG